UUCGACACUCCACGACCUCCAUAUAAAAACCCAUCGCUUGACGAGCGAAUACAAUUUUUAAAAAGCCACCUACUGGAGAAGACAGAUUUUGGCCCCAAUUAUGCCUCUUGCUUGGCCUUUUACUCUUCUAAAAGCUAUACAGCUUUUGUCAAAUUAACUCAAAAAUAUAUAUAUUUUAGCAUUUUAGUUAACUCUAUUCGUUUCCCCAACGUUAACCUGUUACGUAAAUUAUCCUAUCCUGCUAAGAAAAGUCAAAUCUGACUAAAACUAUCCCGUCUACUCAAAACCCUUAUCUCCCUACUGUCAAAUGGCAUGAAUGCGAUGCAUGUAGACAUGGGGGAGAUAGAAAAUGAGCCAGUGCGACCGAAAAUGACUGAUGCCAAGGGUAUUCUCCAACAGAACCGCGAGUUCCAGGACUUCUUCUGGGAUAUCGCUAAACCUGAACAAGAGAUACGGCUGAAGGCCAUUGAAAAUCUCAUACAAUAUCUGAAGACUAGUCAAAAGACAGAUGAGUUGACAUACACCCCGAAGAGACUGGUGGAUGGCUUGGCACACACUAGAGAGGCUGGCCUGCCAGGCUUCAGUUUGGCUUUGGGACAGGUACUGAGCGUGUUUGAGGAGGUACCUCUGCGUACAGCCUUUGAUCAAAUCAAAGAGAAGCACAYCUUGGCGAACGUGAAAAAGAAACUCAUCAGAAAUGCUGCUUUUGGGAACUUCUUUGGUGUGCUCGCUCUGUCUCAGUCCACACGCCUUCCAAAGGACCCUCGGGUGGUGCUGGAGUGUGUCCAGCUCCUCCAGAGCCUAUCGCAGUAUAGAGAACUCCUGCGGGACCUGCCCAGGAAGACCAUGGUGGACAUCCUGUCUGAGACAUCAGAGGAGGUGUUUGAGGAGGUGCUGCUGGGAGCCCUGCAGACAGACCUGUCCUCUGCCUUCAGCACCCCUGAGCAGCUGCAGCUCCUCCUGGUGGCCAUGCAGAAGUUCCCCCAGGUGCUCAAGCUCAAGAAGCUGAAGAAGCUGCUGGGCACCUCCACAAUCAUUACCAUGGACAAUAUCCCUAAUUACCUGAGCUACCGGCUGUUGGGUAGUGCCCUGCCUUUGUUGACCCUGGCCCAGCUAAAACAGGUGUUAAAUGGAGAGGUGAUGAGGGCCUACGGGGAACACGUGGUCUCUGCACAGCUCCCAGACCGUUUUAAGUUUGCCCCCGAGAUGGAGACGUACAUUGGCGACUUCCUGCAGGGCUGCGAUGACCCGGAGAAGCAGCUGGCGGUGAUGGUGGCCUUCUCCCUGCUCACCAACCAGGGCUACCCCGUGGUGCCCUCCUUCUGGAGGGUUGUGCAGCACCUGCAGCCGACAGCACUGCAGAGCUACGUGGACUGGCUCAAAGACAUGUUCCUCAACCCCCGGCUGGACAGCUGCCUGGACUUCAGCACCCGCAGGCAGAAGGAGAACCAGGAGGGCGGAGUCCAGAGAGAGAACUGCAUAUUCCGCCUGAGGAAGUGGAUCAUUCCACGCCUAACCUCCAUCGCGGAGAACAACCAGGUGAAGAGAGAGGAGGCUCUAGUGAUGGAUGUAGCCAGGUUUGUCUUUUUCCAUGUGUUCUUCAAUGCUAAGAAGGCCACCCCAGACAUACUUGAGACAGAAGCCACCCUGUCAGUGCCCCUGGAUGAGAAGGCCAGAGUCGUCAUCAUCAACUCCUUCUUUGGAUUGCUGCAGCAUAUCAACCACCUGCCUUUGCUGGGRGACUCCCCUGAGGUGGCAGCCCGCAACCAGAGGCACGUACAGGGUGUGACGGCUGACGGCUCCAUGUGGAUCUUCUGUCUGGUGCGGUACGCUGACACCCUGCUCAACCAGCCCAAGUACGCUCAGAGCACCCAGCCCUUCAGCCCCGAGCAGAGACAGGCCUGGGACAGUAUGCUGGCGUCAGUGGGGACUCUAAUGAAGAAAUCUAAGAAAGGCCAUACUCCAGAGACCUCUGCUUUCCAACAACUCUUCCUGCUGGUUGGCAUUCACCUCUUCAAGGUUCCAGAGGAUUUGGUAGACCUGAUGCAGGAUCUGCAGAACUGCAUGGAAAAAGCCCAAGAGAAGUCCAAGAAGAAGAAGAAUGCGGAGGAGCCCCACUGGGCUGAGGUGGUGGUGGACAUCCUGCUCUCACUCCUGUCCCAGCCCAGUAGACACAUCCGUCACGUCUGCAGGACUGUCUUCUCCAACAUCUGUCCCCACGUCACCGCCAGAGCCCUCACCGCCAUCUUGGAUGUUCUGGACCCAGAUAAAGAGGAGGAGGACAGUGCCAUCGUGGUGACGGAUGAUAAAGACUCUGACAAAAUAAAGAAGAAAGACCAAAAAAAAGAAAGCGAGGAUGAUGAUGAAGACGAUGAAGAGAUGAAUGAGGAAGAGUCGGAUGCAUCAGACGACGACUCUGAUGAGGGUGAAGAUGAGGCCAUGGAGGAGGGGGGCGAGGUGGAUCAGAACUUCCGCAUUGAGCUGAUGAAGGUCCUACAGAACCAGGGUGCUCUGGCCACCGAAGUGGACGGCAGCGAUGAUGACGAGCUGGAUGAGAAGCUGGACGGCAGUGUCGCAGCACUGUUCCUUGAACAGAAGAAGAAGAUGCAGGCCAAGAAGGAUGAGAAGGACAAGCUAAAAAAGGAAAAGACCCUUGUCAGAGACUUCAAGAUCAAGGUGCUGGACCUGGUGGAGGUGUUCCUGGUCAGGCAGGGCAGCAGCCCUCUGGUGCUGGGCAUGGUGGAGCCCCUGCUCAGCGUCAUCGAGAGCGGCAUGAGCUCCGAGAGCGACCAGCAGGAGCAGGACUUCCUCCGCAAGGCUGCAGACAUCUUCAAGAACCAGCUGUGCCGGGCCAAGCAGUACUGUAAGACCGUAGGCGACAGACAGGGGGAGCUCCAUGACAAAACCCAGAAGCUGUCUGACUCCUCAGUGUCACUCUACUUCUUCAGUGCAUCUCUGUACCUGGUCAAGGCGCCCGGGGGCCUCAGCAGACGGCAAGACAACACUUUCUACUGAGGAGCUGAGGUUCAUGGGUAACGUGGACGUGGAGAGGGUGUCGGCCCUCUUUAAAGGGGCGCUCUGCUCCUUCAUGACGCGCAGGAAAAGCC